CUUAUCACACACCAUGGCAGACCUUGCGUAUCUCGUCGUUUUUCUCGUUCUUUUCGUGCACACGGUUGCGCACGAGUUCGUGACCAUGUCGGGUGUGACGGAAGAGGACAAGGCGCUGGAUUUACCACCCUCCCUGUCCUUGAUCGUCGCCGGGCUGAUUGCGUGCAGUGCGCGGUGCCGCAGACAAGACUUCUGCCUCUACUACAACUAUCGCGCAAAAGACGACGACCAGGCCCUUGGCCUGUGCGAGAUCUUUGACGUGUUCCUGUCGAGGAAGGAUCUCAGUGCGUGCGUCAAGUCGAAGCCAGGAUCAUUGUUUGUGGCAGUCCCACUUGCAAAAAGCGACCCACGCUCGUGCGUGGAUUACGCGCGUGUAGGUCUCACGCACCUGCCCAAGUUCUACAUCGUGGACGACGCCGGCGACGCCUACAGAGUCACGUGUGACUUCACCUCUGAACCGGGCUCAUUGUGGACACUAGUCAAGUCAGACGCCACCCCUCCGCCUCAGUACUUCACUACAGCCCUUUACGUCAACGCCCCUAAGAACCAGGACAACCCGAACUGGAGCCAGUACCGACUCUCCCUCCCCCGCAUGGAAGCCCUCCAGAACGUAUCCACGCACUGGCGAGUCACGUGCAGCUUUCCUCGCGCCGGCGUGGACUACACGGAUUACCUGCGCGGGAACUUCUCGUCCGCUGACCCCGUUCAUGUGUUUGGCCCUCUGUUUGAACCUGCUUGUAGGGAGGUCGAGUUCUUGAAUAUCCGAGGAUUCACCCGCAAACACAUCAUGGAGCCUCUCUUCCAGCAUGACGGCUUUUUUGAGUUUUGUAUCGAGAGUGCGUCUGCGGGGUGCGGCGGUAAAUGGCAGGCGGUUCCUAACGCUGUCUUCUCAGAAGACAAUUUUGGUCUUUACGGGUUUUCAAACAUCAAUUUUCGGUGUACUAAUCAGCAGGACUCUUCCACCAAUAUGUGGUUCGGGAGCUACUUGUAAAAGAUUGCACACAGAACGACAUAGAAGCUGCUGCUUCAUUGUCACGAGUUCUUGCUGUUAGGCUUUGGUUUGUUUGUUACUUUGUUAAUACUUAUAAUUUUGUGAAUUAAUUACCCUCCUCAUCUUGUGAAAAGAAGCAUAUUACCACCUGGGGAACCUUCAAUGACCGAAAUACAGUUCUUGUGUGUCUUACUCCAUGGAAAUCAGCAUUAAAAGCCCCCCCUCCCCUCCCCUCCUUUUUCUUCGUUUUUUAAUUAUUUUUUAACGAGAAGUACUGUAUGAAUCUUUUCUGUGAUAACAUAGUGCAGCUCGGGCGCUCUAGCCAAAGAUCGGAGAUCACUUUACUUGUUUCUAAAACAAGGUUACAUGGUGGUGCAUUUGAUUUAUUUUUGUUUCAAUCUGAAUCAUAUAGGAUUGGAUGUAAUAUUAAAAGAUGCCCCAAAUA